AUGUCUGAAUUAACAGAGGCGGAAAAGCGCAGGUUGCUAAGAGAAAGGAGACAAAAGAAGUUUAGCAAUGGAGGCGCCAGUUCCAGGCUUAAUAAGAUCACCGGGCAGGCAAGCAGUCAUUUAAAUGCAGAAUCACCUUUGGAUGCCCCCAGUGCUGUGAAGACUACCCCAGCUGCAAGUGCGCAUUCGCCUACUCCAGAUAGCAGAGAAGAUAGUAACGUGGCACCUCAAUUGGACCUAUUGAAACAGCUCGCCGCCAUGCAAGGCCAAGGUGCAGGCACAAGCACCCCUCAAGACCCGUCCACUCCUGAUCUACUUUCAUUAUUAAGUUCGAUGAACGCCGGCAUGCCCAGCGCAGAGGGUACACCAUCGCUAGGUCAAGCGGUUCCGGUAGCUCCAAUCAACCAAGCUGCUUUGGAUUACCAUGAUUACUUGCUGAAUAGACUGAAAGCUUGGACCAUUGUUGUUAAAUGGGUCUUUUUUCUAUUGCCCUAUCUAUACCUAAUCACAAGACCAAAUUCUUCCGUGUGGCCAGCUUAUGCAUUCACUCAAUCAUCUUGGUUUGCGCCUUUUCGGAACCCAUCAAAUUUCACUAGAGUUUUUGCCACAUUUGAGUUUCUUUCCAUAUCUAUCUACUAUCAAUUGUUGAAGAACGUGGAGCACAAGAGUAAGAUCAAAAAUUUACAAGAUACAAAUAAACUUGUCAAGUUAGUUUCACUGGUGCCCGAGGGAAUAAUUCCCAUCCCCAACCUGAAGGGCAAACUAAUUACGCUUUUGCAAUACUGGGAUCUGUUAUCUAUGCUCAUCACUGACAUUUCGUUUGUAUUAAUUGUGCUGGGUUUAUUGACGUACUUAUAA